GAGUCAGAGUAAUUGAUACUUUAAGGUCCUCCACUGGCUCCACGUAUCCUUUAAACACUACCCAGACGUGCUCCUUCGGGGUCCUUCCUGUGAGCUGCAGCGGCGUUUCUCCCCUCUCCGUAACUGAUGUCAAAGAAAGCCGGCCCCAGGACGUCCCCAUGCAUGACCUUGGAACAGAAAGCCGCCUCGUUUGGGGGCAAAGUUUGGGGAACCCUGUCCACUCCCACCCUCGCGGGCUCUCGCCUCCCCCUUCCGCGAGUUCACUCGCGUGCCCAACGCGGACGCCAGCUGCUCCCUCUCUUCUCCCGACUUCCUUCUGAGAGCCUCGUAAACCCAGGGAAGUUCAAUCAUUCCGCGACGAGCCUCGGCGCUCACUGGGCAUGCUCAGUGGCCGGGCCCGGCUCGGGUGGCCAGAGGUUGCCUUGGGCGCAGGGCUCGGGUCGGCGGCCGCCUGGGCUCGGCUUCCCGGAGCGCGGGCUGAGCUCUGCGGCCCCUGAGCCGGGAGCCAUACGCGCCCCGCCGUCCCCGCCUGGGCGCUGGCCUCUGGCCCCGGCAGAGCGCCGUCGUUCGGGACCCCGGGAGCCCCCAACUUCCCGCCAAUUUCCAAGCCGCUUUCGCGGGGAGCCAUGCAAAUGAUGACCAGGGACGUUCUGCUAGAAAUGGAGCUGGAGGACGACGAAGACGAGGAUGGGGAUAUCGGUGAAGUUCCUGUAUCCAAGAGGCCUUUAAUGGCUCCUCACACGGUCCUCCCUUCCAGUCUGGUCUUGGAAAACCUCGAACAGACAAUUGUCUCCGGUUUUGGAACACUGGAGAGUCAGCAGGAUUUCCGAACCCCAGAGUUUGAAGAAUUUAAUGGAAAACCUGACUCCCUGUUUUUCAAUGAUGGCCAGCGAAGAAUAGACUUUGUUCUAGUCUAUGAAGAUGAAAGUAAAAAAGAGACUAAUAAAAAGGGUUACAAUGAAAAACAAAGGAGAAAAAGACGAGCCUAUGAAUCUAACCUCAUUUGUGAUGGCCUGCAGCUGGAAGCAACCAGAUCAGUGUUGGAUGAUAAGCUUGUAUUUGUAAAAGUGCACGCCCCGUGGGAGGUGCUGUGUACAUACGCUGAGAUAAUGCACAUCAAAUUGCCUCUGAAGCCCAAUGAUCUGAAAACCCGGUCCUCAGCCUUCGGUAAUUUCAACUGGUUUACCAAAGUCCUCCAGGUGGAUGAGAGUAUCAUCAAGCCAGAGCAAGAGUUUUUCACUGCCCCUUUUGAGAAGAGCCGCAUGAAUGACUUUUAUAUUCAGGAUAGAGAUACAUUCUUCAAUCCAGCCACCAGAAGCCGCAUUGUUUACUUCAUCCUUUCUCGGAUCAAGUAUCAAAUAACAGACAAUGUUAAAAAAUUCGGGAUUAACAAGCUUGUGAGCUCCGGGAUCUACAAGGCAGCUUUCCCUCUCCAUGAUUGCAACUUCAGCACUCUGUCAAAGGACCUCAGCUGCCCCAAUGAACGGUACCUUCUGUACAGGGAAUGGGCUCACCCUCGAAGCAUAUAUAAGAAGCAGCCGUUGGAUCUCAUCAGGAAAUACUAUGGAGAGAAGAUUGGAAUCUACUUUGCUUGGCUGGGCUAUUACACUCAGAUGCUCCUCCUGGCAGCAGUCGUGGGCGUGGCUUGUUUUCUCUACGGAUAUUUUAAUCAAAAUAACUGUACCUGGAGCAAAGAAGUCUGUGAUCCUGAUAUUGGCGGCAAGAUCAUAAUGUGUCCUCAGUGUGACAGGCUGUGUCCAUUCUGGAAGCUCAAUGCUACUUGCGAGUCCUCAAAGAAAUUGUGCAUCUUUGACAGUUUUGGAACCCUAGUCUUUGCAGUAUUUAUGGGGGUCUGGGUCACCUUGUUUCUGGAGUUCUGGAAGCGGCGCCAGGCGGAACUUGAGUACGAAUGGGACACAGUUGAGUUGCAGCAGGAAGAACAACCCCGGCCAGAAUACGAGGCGCGGUGUACACACGUGGUGAUAAAUGAGAUUACCCAGGAAGAAGAGCGUGUUCCCUUUACCACCUGGGGAAAGUGUAUACGUAUAACCCUUUGUGCAAGUGCUGUCUUUUUCUGGAUCCUGUUGAUCAUUGCUUCAGUUAUUGGGAUCAUUGUCUACAGGCUCUCAGUGUUCAUUGUAUUUUCUGCCAAACUUCCCAAGAACCUGAAUGGAACAGACCCCAUCCAGAAGUACCUGACUCCGCAGAUGGCCACGUCCAUCACUGCUUCCCUCAUCAGUUUUAUCAUCAUCAUGAUCCUGAACACCAUAUAUGAGAAAGUGGCAAUCAUGAUUACUAACUUUGAGCUCCCAAGGACCCAGACUGACUAUGAGAACAGCCUGACCAUGAAGAUGUUCCUAUUCCAGUUUGUCAACUACUACUCUUCGUGUUUCUACAUCGCGUUCUUUAAGGGCAAAUUUGUGGGUUAUCCGGGAGAUCCGGUGUACUGGCUGGGAAAAUACAGAAAUGAAGAGUGUGACCCAGGUGGCUGUCUCCUUGAACUGACGACACAGCUGACAAUAAUCAUGGGAGGAAAAGCAAUCUGGAACAACAUACAAGAGGUGUUACUUCCCUGGGUCAUGAAUCUCAUUGGACGGUAUCGCACAGUUUCGGGAGCAGAAAAGAACACCCCACGAUGGGAACAGGACUACCAUCUGCAGCCCAUGGGCAAGCUGGGAUUAUUUUAUGAAUACCUUGAAAUGAUUAUUCAGUUUGGGUUCGUCACCUUAUUUGUGGCCUCUUUUCCACUGGCCCCUCUGUUGGCUCUGGUGAACAAUAUAUUGGAAAUCAGAGUGGACGCGUGGAAACUGACUACCCAGUACAGACGCAUGGUGCCAGAAAAAGCGCAGGACAUCGGAGCCUGGCAGCCCAUCAUGCAAGGAAUAGCAAUUCUGGCUGUGGUGACCAAUGCCAUGAUCAUCGCUUUCACAUCAGAAAUGAUCCCCCGCCUGGUGUAUUACUGGUCCUUCUCCGUCCCGCCCUAUGGGGACCACCUGAACUACACCAUGGAGGGCUACAUCAACAACACCCUCUCCUACUUCAACAUCGUGGACUUCAAAAACAAAAACAAGGACAACCCAUACACUGGACUUGGUGACCAUACCUCGUGCAGGUAUCGUGAUUUCCGGCACCCUCCUGGACACCCGCAGGAGUAUAAACACAACAUCUACUACUGGCAUGUGAUCGCAGCCAAGCUGGCUUUCAUCAUUGUCACGGAGCAUAUCAUCUACUCUGUGAAAUUUUUCAUUUCGUAUGCAAUUCCCGACGUCUCGAAAAGCACGAAGAGCAAGAUCAAGAGAGAAAAAUACCUAACCCAAAAGCUCCUUCAUGAGAACCACCUCAAAGAUAUGACGAAAAACAUGGGGGUCAUAGCCGAGCGGAUGGUAGAAGUGGUGGACAACAAUUUACGACCAAAAGUAGACUAAGAGCUUUAUGUUCUGAGAAGCACUUUAAAGAAUGUAGCUCUGUCCAAAUAUAUUACGAAUCACUAAUGAGAAUGUUUUAAGUUAAAUCACUUUGGCAGACAUGAGUCUUAACAAUGGCCAUUUUCAUGCAGGUUACUUUUCAGUUUCAGCGAGUGAUGCAGGAACUGAAAAUGCAAAAUUUAGAUCAAGAAGGGCAUAAAGCUAAUCACCUGGAAAACCUGAAAUGUUACUUUUUUUUUGAUAAAUUGGUAUUUUAGCAAUACAGAAAAAAAGUUUCUUCGCUUGCUUAAAAGCAGCCCCUACCAAAGCAGAAUGGAUUUUUUUCCUCCAUUGAUGACUUCCAUUCCUUUCUGUUCUCAAGCACAUGAUCUUUUUUAUUUUUAGGCAGUGUUUCAGUUCUUCACUUUUGCCAGAUCUGUUCCAAAGUUAUCUUUCCCUUACAGUACCAUUAUUAAAGACUAGACAUGCUAGCUGUCAUGUGAUUAAAAACAGCUAACGCAGAAUUCAGCUUGAAUGCUGUAUUAAGUGGCAUAUAGACUCAAGACUUCACAAUAUUUAGGUGUAUUAUCACAUCCCUACAGAAAAGGAAACCUCAGGUAAUAAGAGCAAAUAGUUUCAGUCUUCAUCUUGGCCUAUCUUUCCAUCUCAGAGAAAGACUCAUAAUGGAUUGGGAUAAAGAUAGCAAGGUUCUGAGGCAUAUUUGUGCUAAUUCACAGCGACACCUUUCAUCUUCCAGGAGCACUGGUAGAAUGUCCUGCGCCUACUCAAUGUUGACUGCUUUGCAAAUCUCCAGGGAAUAAGACAACAAAAGCAGGGAAGGUUACAGGUUGGAAUAGGAUUGUAACUCAUACCGAUCAGGGUAAUUACCUCUUCUAAAGAUCUGUAGUUUCUUUCCCAAAAUUCCGUAUUUAUCAACAGUUUGGAAAAGAUAAGCCCAUCAAGUUCCCACCAGUUGCCCUUUAUCCAUCGGAUCCAGAAAGGAGAGCAUUACAAACCACGAGCACCGCUGUGACCGGACAGUGCUGCGCGUGUCAGGAGAACAGCGCUCAGUGUGACCGUGGAGAGCGCCUUGCCUUUCCGUGGGGAUUCUGCACGUCCGUCCGAGUGAUCAGCACAGCAGAGCAUCUGCUCAGCGCACCUUACUCCCUUCUCUUGCAAGCCCAGUAACUUGUUCUAAUUGCAUGUUUGCACCAGAGGAGAAUUCCAGGGAGGGAGAGGGAGAGACGGAAUAUACCCAGAUUAUUCCCAGUCAAGAAAAGAGACUGGAUUGGAUUUGAAUUUCCAGCCUCCCCUCAAGCUAAUCAGGCAAUUAAGGGUGAGAAAAGAAAGUGGUUUGGUGACCAACCCUGCCGUCAGCUGGAGGUAACUUCCUGCGGAACGCCUGCCCUACCAUGCACAUCUUGCCCUCGAUUUAUUCAGCUGGACAGUCUUUACUGCGUGUGACUGGUAACAGGGCAGGACUGGGUACAGGAGAGGGUGUCUGGCGCUGGGCUCUCGCUAGGUGGGCUGCCACCCACUGGGAUGCUGCUAAAUGCCCAGGUGCCACAAGAGCCAAGCCACUCGGAUUCCCAGCCGCGGAGAAAAAGGAGGCACUGAAUUUUAAGUGAGAUUUCCAGGCUUGUAGUAAUAGAGUAGCUUAGUUCCAGGUCAGAAUUCUAAAUGCCUGCCAAGAAUGUUACAAACAAAAACCCUGAAAAUCCCAGUAUUUAUGUAGGAUCCAUCAAAACAGUAUUCUGGACUUUGGAAUUGUCCCAAUGGAUCAGGGACAGCAUUUCACUAACUUUCCUGAUAAUGGUAAGGAUGCGAUCAGAGAGUGCUCACAACAGGUCACGUGAGGUCGGGCUGCACAGGGAGCUACAAAUGAAUUUCUUCCCGAUGGGGAGAUGUUCUCAUCCACCACAGCCCAGAUGGGUACCACUGUCGCUUCCCCUGCUCACCUGGGAUCCUGCUCCUGGAAUUGGGGCUGCUGCUUCUCAUGUUACCUCUCCUCUUCUCUGAUGUGUAGGACUAUCUGCUAGUGUUGGAUCUGCUGUUUCUGGACUCCUAGGAAAGUCUUGUGUAUACAAUACAACUUUAAAAGAAUGGUGCAUUUACGUUUUCAUAAAUCAUCAUUCAUAAACCGCCUUCAUAGUUUAAAAUGUGCUUCUGUGGACAGGAGGGAAAAAAAUUAACCUCUACAUUUUUAAAGAUAGUGAAUGUGAUGUAGAACACUGCCAAUAGUCCCCAAAUGGCCAGGUUGUGGCACUGACAGUGUUCACAUAAGUCUAUUGCUGACUUGGUGGUGAGGAAGUGGGGCUGUCUGCAGGCACUUGUGGGCUGGAUCAGUAAAUGGGAGCAGAGGCUGCACCCUGGAAAACUGGCUGGGUGAGAUGGGUGACCGAUGAAAGGAAAAUCUGGCCCUAGACCUGCCUGGUGUUAACCACUAGAGAGAUUUUAGUUUUGAUCCUUUUGUGAUGCCUGUGAAUUUUAACGGAUUGAAGCAUCAGACCAAAAUACUCAGGGGAUCUUUCUUUAAAUAUCCCACAGAUAUUUUAGUUAUGUCACUAGGAAGGGAAAGAUUUUGUUUUUGUUUGGAAACUAAACAAGACCAUCUUUUAAACUGUUUUGUCACCCAAAGCCUUCUCCUCGAAUUGCACGUGCAUCUUGAAUUUCAGAAAACAUUCGUUCACAAUUGGGGGAGCCGAAUGGGCUCUGUUGUUGAAACACUUCUUAUACUAUUUCUCGCAUUCGUAUUAUAAGAUGUUUGAAAAGGUAAAAUGUAUGAGCGGCUUAACAAAAACACAACUGAAAUAUUUAUGAUGCUUUUCAUACACUGUGGCAUAAGAUGUAAAGUUUGUAAUAUUUUGCAAGUUUCUGUGCAUUUUAAUAUUCUUUUAUAGUUAUAAGCAUUUUAAUAAAUUCAUUUUAAAAAAUA